GAGCCGGAUGCGGGCGGCGCCGGGGCGGCCGCAGCCCUGGGGAUGGGCGGAGCCCCAGCCUCCAGUGCUGGUGGCCGCCGCCGCUGCCGGAACCCGAGCGGCCGCCUCUGCUCCCGCGCGUCGCUGCUUCCUAGGGCGGCGGUAUGCUAGGGAAAGGGGUAGUCGUUGGUGGCAGCGGCACCAAGGCUCCCAAGCCCUCCUUCGUGUCGUACGUGCGCCCCGAGGAAAUUCAUACAAAUGAAAAGGAAGUAACAGAGAAGGAAGCAACUCUUCACUUGUUGCCAGGUGAACAGCUGCUCUGUGAAGCCAGCACAGUCCUCAAGUAUGUCCAGGAAGAUUCCUGUCAGCGCGGCAUCUAUGGGAAGCUUGUCUGCACAGACUUCAAGAUAGCCUUCUUGAGUGAUGACGAAUCUGCCUUUGAUCAUGAUGAAACCCAAUUUAAGAAUAAGGUUAUAGGAGAAAAUGACAUUACACUCCACUGUGUUGAUCAGAUUUACGGAGUGUUUGAUGAGAAAAAAAAACCUCUUUUUGGACAACUGAAGAAAUACCCUGAGAAACUCAUCAUCCACUGCAAAGACCUCCGAGUAUUCCACUUCUGUCUGAGGUACACAAAAGAAGAGGAAGUCAAAAGGAUCGUCAGUGGCAUAAUUCAUCAUACCCAGGCUCCGAAACUGCUUAAACGGUUGUUUCUGUUUUCCUAUGCAACUUCUGUGCAAAACAGUACAGCCACUGAUUCCAAAAAUCACACCGUCAUGUUUGACACACUUAAGGACUGGUGCUGGGAACUGGAGCGGACCAAAGGCAGCAUGAAGUACAAAGCAGUGAGUGUCAAUGAAGGCUAUAAAGUCUGUGAAAGGUUGCCUGCAUACUUCGUUAUCCCCACCCCUCUGCCUGAGGAGGACGUGCCUCGCUUCCAAGGCCAUGGCAUACCAAUAUGGUGUUGGUCCUGCCACAACGGAUGUGCCCUUUUGAAAAUGUCAGUGCUGCCCAGAGAACAGGACGAUGGCAUUUUACAGGUCCAGAAGGGCUUCCUGGAUGGAAUUUACAGGACCAUCCACAGGCCACCCUAUGAGACUGUUAAAACUGAAGACCUAUCAAGCAGCUUCCUGUCCCUGCAGGACGUCCAGACCGCAUACUCUAAAUUCAAACAGCUCUUUCUGAUAGAUAAUAGUACCGAAUUUUGGGACACAGAUAUAAAGUGGUUUUCUCUAUUGGAAAGCAGUAGCUGGCUUGACAUAAUCAGGCGUUGCCUGAAGAAAGCAAUAGAAAUCACAGAGUGUCUAGAAGCACAAAACAUGAACGUUCUUCUUUUAGAGGAGAAUGCUUCUGACCUCUGCUGCCUCAUUUCCUCUCUGGUACAAGUGAUGAUGGACCCCCAUUGUAGAACCAGGGUUGGUUUCCAGAGCCUCAUCCAAAAGGAGUGGAUCAUGGGUGGACACUGUUUCCUGGAUCGCUGCAACCAUCUACGUCAGAGUGACAAAGAGGAGGUUCCUGUGUUCCUGCUUUUCUUAGAUUGUGUUUGGCAGGUGGUACACCAGCAUCCACCAGCAUUUGAUUUCACAGAGACCUACCUGACCGUUCUUUCAGACAGCCUGUACAUUCCCAUUUUUAGCACCUUCUUCUUCAAUUCGCCUCGUCAAAAAGAUACUAACAUGGGUAGGGAAAGCCAGGAUACACAAAGCAAGCCUUUGAAUCUGCUCUCCGUGUGGGACUGGUCUGUACAGUUUGAACCCAAAGCCCAGAUGUUGCUCAGAAACCCUCUUUAUGUGGAAAAGCCCAAACUGGACAAAGGCCAGCGAAAAGGAAUGCGCUUCAAACAUCAACGGCAACUUUCCUUGCCACUCACCCAAUCUAAAUCGUCUCCCAAAAGAGGAUUUUUCAGGGAAGAAACAGAUCAUUUAAUUAAAAACCUUCUGGGCAAGAGAAUUAGCAAACUAAUUAAUUCUUCUGAUGAGCUGCAAGACAACUUUCGAGAGUUCUAUGACAGCUGGCAUAGCAAGCCCACUGACUACCAUGGUCUGCUCUUGCCUCACAUUGAGGGGCCGGAGAUCAGAGUCUGGGCCCAGCGCUACUUGCGUUGGAUUCCAGAAGCCCAAAUCCUGGGUGGUGGCCGAGUGGCCACCAUGAGCAAACUCUUGGAAAUGAUGGAGGAAGUACAGAGCUUACAAGAAAAAAUUGAGAGACACCACAGCCAUGAGGCCCUCCAGGCUGAGGCCCCCUCCCUGCUGAGGAAUUCUGCCCGCCUGUCAUCUUUGUUUCCUUUCGCUUUGCUGCAGCGACAUUCCUCGAAGCCAGUCUUGCCCACCAGUGGUUGGAAAGCUUUGGGAGAUGAAGAAGAUUUGGCCAAGCGAGAAGAUGAAUUUGUGGAUCUAGGAGAUGUGUGAUUUGUCUGUUCAGUGAUUGUGAAAGAGGACUAUUGGAGUCGGCACAUCUGACCUCUGGGUUAGCACCUCACGCUGAGCUCACUGCUGGGCAGGAGGGGCAUUCGUGCAGGGCUCUGUAGGAGGAAGCCUGGGGAAGAGCUGGUUCUCAUUUCUAUUUUUCAUGGUCCUGAAAGACUAUGCAAUUCAAACCGUAUCUCUAGUAUUAUUAAUUGAAAGGAAUUACUACUUGACCCAUAAUAGAAUUGUAGCUGUUUUUUGAUGGGUUAAGUAUUACCCAGAACCUGCAGUGGCUGGUUUACUGCUGAAAAGGGCUUUUGGUAAGAUAUUCUUGGGCUCAGUACUUUUUUCAGAUCUUUUCUGUGCCAAGGUAAUUUAUCCAGUCAUUGGGAAUAGUAACUGUCUGUCUAACCCAUCUUGGUUUGGAGCAAGUUCAGCUUCAUGUCAUGUGUAUGGCAAGUCAAAAGACUCAAAUGAAGUAUUAAGAUGUGUGGCAUUCAUUUAAAGAAACCAUAGCAUUUUUCCUUUCUGUGUCCUCCUGCCUACAGAAAGGCUGGGGAAAUGCCCCGUGUCAUCCAUCCUGGCAUUUCAGACCAUCCUCCCCGGCACAGACUCUGUCACUCUGUGUGUGGUGCGGGGGGCAGCCAACUCCCCUGCCCCCCACACCCCAGUUCAUGUGUGCUGACAGCUCCUGGCCUCUGCCUGCUCUGUGCUGUGCGCCACAGUUCUUCCAUGCUCCCGCCUCAGUGCAUGUAGUCCUAGGAUCUUGCUGCUCCCCCUUUUGGUUAAACUGGGGAGUCUCUUUGGUUUGCCCAGGGGAACUUCCAUUCUCCGGAAGCGCUCUGUGUUUGAAAGUAACUGCUUUGCCUUUCCCUCAGCAUGCCCAGCGAGCGUGUUGACACCUUAGUGACCUCAGUCCUCUGCAGCAGUCUUCAGGUGGUGUCUCCGGUCACCUUACAUUCUGAUGAGUUAGGGUCAUUUUGAGGUGGCGUUCCUAGGGAAUCAAUGAAGCAUAAAUAUCAGAAGUGAUGAUUAUCAUGUAGUACCUCAGCAAUUUAAAAAGCCAUAGAAGAAACUUGACAACUAUGCCUGGUAACCUUCUUGGAUCUGUUGACAUAUAUUUUUUAAAUGCAGGAAAGUGUGCUUUGUAAGGACCAGUUUUUUCAUUCUCAAUGGAACCCCAUUAUAAUGCCACAAAAUGAAGGAGGAAAAAAAAUCUAAUGUUAGAAUGCUUCAAUCGAAUGUUUGCCUUUUAUAUACCUUUGUUCUCCAGUGUAGAUCCCAUUUGAGUAUUAUGCUUAGAAAAAUUUAACAGUUGCUCAAGGGCAAUAAGAAAUUUUGAAACUAUUGACAAAGAAAAGUUUCUCAGUUUGCACUGAAUUGUCUUGUACGUACAAGCAAUUGCUUUGCUGUCCUCCCUGUUCCACGUUGACACGUGAGCCAAGUUGGUGUGUUACGAUGACAGAGGUUGGGGGGAGGGCAGGAUUCGUGCAUUGUGGACCAAACACAUACCCAGUCUUGGUUGCCUUAAGGGUCACUAGUGAGGUCAGUGUUAGGCUUGCAAUAGUGAUUUAAAAAUACAGUAGUUCAUUAGCUAUAUUCACAGAUGUUCUAUGGGCCUUCUUAAAUUAGCACUAACCUUCACUUUUCUGCCCCAUUGCCUCCCAAAUACACUGUGGAGCUAACUAUUUUUGUUACCAUAUUAUAACGUGAAUAUUUAUGCAGUAGUCUCUUCAGUCUUAGGAUCUUAGUAAUUUUCAUUCCAAAAACAGAAAAUGCCCGGUGUGAUGCUUUAUACCCCACAAAGUAUGGUUUAAAGGCACAAGGCCAUGGCCCUGUCAUGUGCAUUGAAAUAUUUUUCUAUGAUUUUUUAAAAAAAUCACAAUAAAAAAAUAAGCUGUUGUAACAUGUAAGGUCAUGAAAAUUUAUGUAUUUAUAUUUGAAAUCAGAUUUCUAUAAACUUGUAUUUGUGUACAGAAUUCUCAGUUUAUAUAUUGUGACAUUUUUAUUGAGACAGAUGUGGAUUAUGCUCAGCAGUAAAAGCUGAAACAAGACCAUUUACUUCGUUUAACAUGCACUGUGCGAGUUUGGAAAUGUACAUUAAUUUACUGUGUAUAAUAUCUUGAGUUUGUUUAUACCUCCCAAGUUUUUACACUGAAGAUAAAUUAGCUUUAAUUACGUUCAAAAAAAAUUUUUUAAGGGAAUAAGCUGUUGGGCUAACUCUGUAUAAAUGUGCUUUUUUCUGGAUGUACAAUGAAAGUUUAUACUUGUAUCUCACUGCAUCGUAUCUGAUUGCAGAAAUUAAAGCACAGUUUACAAGCAA